AAUUUAUCGAUUCAUUCAUUCAUUCAAUGAUUUUAUUGACAAAAAUCAUUGCAUUUGUCAUUUGAAUCUCAAUUAAAGCACCAAAUAAUCAAUGAAUCCGUGAAUAGAUCUGAAGAACUGAUGCAUAACUGACAUCACUGUCCAUACAGAGACCAAUUGAGUGAUAAUGAGUCCGAAGGCAACGUUUGUUUUGAUAAAUUAUGUCUUAAUAUUGAUCUCAUUUCGUGUCAAUCGCGUCCAUUCCUCCGAUGGCUCAGGAGUUCCCGUCUUUAUAUGGGGUACUCAUCGCCAAAACUCUCAAGUAUUUGAAUCAAAGCCCAAGUCAACGAUCACUCAAAUCGAUGCCAAUGUCUUAAGCGACGAUUAUUUGAAACAAUGGCCAACAGUCGUGGCAUUCCUCCAGAACCACUUAAGUGUGGAACAGUUCUCAGUCCCCAAACACUUCCAUCAUUUGAAUCAUAUAUUUAGUGACAAAACACUGGAUUCG